AUGAAAACACUUCCUGACUUGGCUGUUCGUAACGCUGGGUUAGCUAUUUUUCAUUAAAAUGAGUGAUCUUGCGAAAUAACCUAUAGAAAACUAGCACAAUUAUACCUUAUUUAUCAGAGCGUUCUCAUACUUGUCUCGGCUAAAUCGUUAGCUUCUUCAGCUUCAGGGAGACUCGCUAUAAUAGCUGCCACUGCAGGUUGUUUUAUUUUAGAAUAGAAGCCAUAAUGGCGUCGAGCUACAACGCGAAGGAAGAAGACGGUCACGUCGCCGUACCUGGCGGUGGGACCAUCCAGAAUAAAAAGCCCGAUAACACAGCGUUUAAACAACAACGAUUACCUGCUUGGCAACCCAUCCUGACAGCGGGCACAGUUCUUCCAGCUUUCUUCGUUAUCGGUCUCAUCUUCAUUCCCAUUGGUAUCGGCCUCUACGUCACGUCAAACAACAUCAAGGAGUUCGAGAUUGAUUAUACUGGGACUGACAUGUCCAGCCCAUGCUUCAACUGCUCCCAGAGCUUUAGUUGGAACAGCACAAGACCAUGCACCUGUGCACUGCCCUUCUCUCUGGAACAGCCUUUUGAAAGCAAUGUAUUCAUGUAUUAUGGCCUGUCCAACUUCUACCAAAAUCACCGGCGCUAUGUCAAGUCCAGGGAUGACAGCCAACUGAAUGGUGACACCACCUCUCUAAUGAACCCUAGUAAGGAGUGUGAGCCCUAUGCUCGCAAUGAAAAAAUGCCAAUUGCUCCCUGUGGUGCCAUCGCCAACAGCAUGUUUAACGACACUUUGGAUCUGUAUUACAUUGACCCUAAUGGCACAAGAAUCCAAAUUCCUCUGAUGAAGAAGGGGAUUGCUUGGUGGACAGACAAGCAUGUGAAGUUCAGGAAUCCAGGAGGCAACCCCAACCUCACAAGUGCUUUUCAAGGUACAACCAAGCCGAUCAACUGGCGCAAGCCUGUCUAUGAACUAGACACAGACGCUGAGAAUAAUGGCUUCAUCAAUGAGGACUUCAUUGUGUGGAUGCGCACAGCUGCCCUCCCCACCUUCCGUAAGCUGUACCGUAUUAUCCAGAAGAAGAACAACAUGACGCCGACUCUUCCCCGUGGCAACUACACCCUGGAAGUCACCUACAACUAUCCUGUUCGUAGCUUUGAGGGCCGGAAGCGUGUGAUCCUGAGCACCAUCUCCUGGAUGGGGGGCAAGAACCCUUUCUUGGGCAUCGCUUACAUCACUGUGGGCUCCGUCUGCUUCUUCCUGGGAGUGGUCCUCCUCAUCAUCCACCACAAAUAUGGCAGCCGCAACAACACUGCUGACAUCCCUAACUAAAGACGUCUUGUAUGUAUGUUGCAUGCUGGCUAGCGGAGGCAUGGGUGUAACCAGUGGUUAAUUACAAGCACUGGUGGUCUCGUGUCUGGCUCGUGUACUGUGUGUAAGAAUGACCUGCUUGUCAAAAGUGCUGUGCAAGUAUUGGAAGAGCAAAGACGUCAGGGGGAGAGUUCCGAUAAAGUAGAAGUUCUCUCGUAUUUAUUUUUCAUGGUCAGAAAGCUAUGCAGUUACGUAAGUUUUGAUGUCAAGAUGUUGUAUUGGCACUAAGUUGAAAUGUAAUGACGCUACAUCGAUGUGCAGAUAGUACAGUUUUAAUGCAGAAAUAUGUGUAUGUCAGUCAUAGAUGUUUAUUAGUUUACUUCUUUAUGAAUAAAUUAUUUAAAAUCAUGUUUGAAUACGGUCAAGCAAAUUGGAACAGUCCGUUAGGCUAAAUGUGGAAUUCCUUCAAGAGUCAAGGCUGUUGGUUCAUACACGUAUGUUGUUGUUGUUACAUACAGUACCGUAGUUUGAGGCACAUUUCUUUUCUGUUUACACUACAGAUAGGUCUCUAUAGAUUGCACAAGGAUGUGCACAAAUUUUCAGGUCAAGUGUAAUGGAAUGCUUGCAAUGUUUUCAAUGUACUUUAGUACUUAUUUUCUCAGUGUAUGUAUAUAUGUUAAAUCUGUUCAGCUGCCUAAAAUAUGCAGAGCUUGACUCAAGUUUAAGUAACAUACCGCAAAGGAAAAUUGUCAAUUUCAAGGUUUUCAGGGACCAAAGCUCCAUUCAUGUAGCCUGGGUGCCAGUCUGUUUCUGCUUUCUUGCAAACCCGUUAUGUAAAACAUGUUUGGCUUGGCAAUGGAGUAGGCAAGAACACAAACAGGAAGAACAUCCUUAUUUAUUUUCUUACUAAGAUUGUUGCAGAUUGGUGAAAUAUGUUUGCACAUGAGUUCCCAAUUACCUGUUACCUGGAGAUUCUAUGCCUGUUGCUUGACAAAUAAAAUAAUAUCUGGACAACUCAUGUUAA